AGCGAGGCAGCUGGUAAGAGUUCUCACAGCGAGUGUUUCCGCUCACCUAAAACAAGGAGGACAAGGAACAACGGGACAGUACUCACGGAACUAGACGACGAAAACAUCAUAUUUCUUAAUAUUAUUCAGUCACAUUCUGGUUUUUGGGUGUGUCUAUGUUUACAACCGUCAAUGCAUCGAGUGUGAAGCCGUGAGAGGAGGUUAACCUUUACGUUGGUUAAGCCGGAGAGGAGUCUCGCUGGUCGCCAGAGGAAAAGAUGUGCGAUGGGAUGGUAGCGUUUCAGACGAGAGACCUGUCCUCCUCUUCUUCCUCAGCCUCCUCCUCUCUAGCCCACAGGCUGGCUGCCUUCGCACUCCUCGUCCUCUUCACCCUGCUCCCCAAUGGUCACGCAUCAGGUUGUGCGCGGCCCCCCAGCGUGCAGCACGGAGACUUGCUGAACCAGACCGAAGCGAACCGUGGCUCCUUUCCCCCGGGCACCCUGCUGACUUACGGCUGCGAGCCCGGCUACACUGCAGAUGGAACCACCACCAUCAUUUGCACCAGCUCUGGAGCCUGGUCCCAUCAGCCUCCGCGCUGUAUCAGAAGCAGCGUGUGUUCCCCCCCCACUGAGCCAGAGAACGGGGGCUACCGCUGUCACCCGUCUCCCUGCCACAGCCUCACCCAGAAGACCGUCAUCGAGUACUUCUGUGACGAGGGGUACGCUCUGAAGGGAGACUACAAGUUCCUCACCUGCCAGAACGGCGAGUGGGACGGCCCCAUGCAGAUCAGCUGCCGACUCACACAAGACAAGGAGCCAAGCUCUCCGCUGGGUAUACCCGCUCUGUCCAUCGUGGCGUCCACAGCUAGCUCUGUGGCCCUCAUCCUGCUGUUAGUGGUGCUGUUUGUUCUUGUACAACCAAAGCUCAAGUCCUUCCAUCACAACAGGAGGGAGCAGGGAGUCUCGGGCCAGUCCAGCUCCAUCAUGGUCGAGGGCGUCCAGGUGGCUCUGCCCUCCUACGAAGAGGCCGUGUACGGAAGCGGUGGACCCGGCGGUGCUUCCGGUCCUCCUCCCUCUCCUUCUCCUUCUCCUCCUCCGGCUCCCCCAGAGUCUCGGGUCCCGAUCGUGCUCUCCGAGGGUCUUCCUCAGGGAGCCGCGGGAGGCCAAGGCACCAGCAGAACACGCCACAACAGAGACUUAGACUUCUGUCUCCCCUCCACGUCCUCCUCGUCGUCCUUCUCCUCCUCCCGCCGUCAUGCAGAGACGGUGCUGGUUCAUCAGGCGCCCUCUUCCUCCUCCUCCUCAUCGUCAUGGGCUCGAGACCACCCUGGGGGUGCGUGCGCGGGCCCCCUACCUCUCCGUAGAGACUCUGAGAGUAGCGACCAGCACAGUCUGCUUUCUGUCACCUCUGCAGACGACUUUUCUGACGAUAUCCCCCUGCUGAAGGAAGCAUGAAGCCUCCCAGCCUGCUAUCAGCAUCAGCAGCUGGACUUCUGUCUCUGUCACUGCUGACCAGGACAUGACUGUUGCUGUCAACCUACUCCCCCCCCCCCCCCC